AUGUCCGGGGAAGAAGCUAUCGGGGAUGAUGCAGGAGUCCCUCAAACGAGCACUGCUGCUCCUCCCGCAGACCAGCAGCGGAACGAAGAAGCAGUGGCCCAGGCAACAGCGACUGACGGGGAGGGAAAGGCUGCUGGAGAGACGUCGGAGGAGGCGCCUGCCGUUUCUACCAGUACCGCUGCUGCUGGACGCCAAUACAGGGCAUUGGUGCUCACCGGCUUUGGUGGUUACGAGAAGGUGAAGGUGCAGAUUCGGCAGCUGCCUCAAGCGGAACCCAGUCCGGGCGCUGGCCAAGUCUGCGUGCAGGUCCGGGCCUGCGGGCUCAACUUUGCUGACCUGCUGGCUCGCCAAGGACUCUACGAGAGGCUUCCCUCGCCGCCCGUUAGCCCUGGCAUGGAGGCGGCGGGAAUCGUCCUGGCCGUGGGCGAGGGCGUCUCCAGCCCAAAGGUUGGUGAUAAGGUGAUGGUGAUGGCCCGGUCAGGUCUCUGGCAAGAAAUUGUGACAGUCCAAGCCAAUCAGACUUUUCUCAUGCCAGAAGGAAUGAGCUUUGAGGAAGCAGCUGCCUUUUUGGUCAAUUACAUCACUGCCUACAUGGUUCUCUUUGACUUUGGCAAUCUGCGCCCUGACCAGAGUGUCCUUGUCCACAUGGCAGCAGGUGGUGUGGGGACUGCAGCAGUCCAACUCUGCAAAACCGUGGAAAAUGUCACCAUUUUUGGCACAGCAUCUUCCUCCAAGCAUGAAGCCCUCAAAGAGAAUGGGGUGACUCACCCUAUUGAUUACCGGGCAGCUGAUUAUGUGGCUGAAGUCCGGAAAAUUUCUCCCAAAGGUGUAGAUGUUGUUUUGGACCCCUUAGGAGGUUCAGAUACCACAAAAGGCUUUCAUCUCCUGAAACCAAUGGGCAAACUGGUCAGUUAUGGUGUAGCCAACUUGCUAACAGGACAGAGGAAGAACCUGAUGGCUAUGGCAAAGACCUGGUGGAAUCAGUUUAGCAUCAAUGCCUUGCAACUGCUUCAUCUCAACAAAGCAGUUUGUGGCUACCACCUGGGCUACCUUGAGGAGGAAGUGGAGCUUUUAACUGCUGUGGUGACCAAGCUAAUUGCUCUCUACAAUCAGGGCAAAAUCAAACCAAAGGUGGAUUCUGUUUGGCCUUUUGAACAGGUAGUUGAUGCCAUGAAGCAGAUGCAAGAGAAGAAGAAUGUUGGGAAAGUUGUCUUGGUUCCUGAAGUUCCACCGAAGGAUGAAAACAAGAAAACAGAGAAUUAAAGCAAGGGGCAUGGGUGAACUGUUUGACCUCAGGUUGA